AUGACGUCCAAGGAGGAAAAGGUCGACAUUGGCGCUCACACGCCUCCGUCGCAUGACCAUGCUCACGGCCACUCAAAGGAUGUCUACACUGGCGACAUCGAGGGUGUUCGCGAUGAUUAUCGCGAGGAGGAUUUCAUGACCCGUAAUGGUCUGAACCUCAAGUCCUUCCAGCGCCGUGACUACGGCACUGGCGCCGUCGAACUCGAUCGCUCCAUGAAGAAGCGUCACUUGCACAUGAUCGCCAUCGGAGGUUCCAUUGGUGCUGGUUUCUUCGUCGGUUCCGGUGGUGCCCUUACCAAGGGUGGUCCCGGUUCUGUUCUCAUCUGCUUCGCUAUCGCUGGUAUCAUGAUCUUCAACGUCGUUCACGCGCUCGGUGAACUCGCUGUCAUGUACCCUGUCUCUGGUGGUUUCUAUACCUACUCUACUCGCUUCAUUGAUCCUUCCUGGGGUUUCGCCAUGGGUUGGAACUACGUCUUCCAAUGGGUCAUCGUCCUUCCGCUCGAGUUAACAGUCGUAUCCUUCACCGUGCAAUACUGGAAUCCCAACAUCAACGAAGGUAUAUGGAUUACUGUCUUCUGGCUGCUCAUCAUCUUCAUCAACAUCUUCGGUACACUGGGCUACGCAGAGGAAGAGUUCUGGAGUUCUUGCUUCAAGCUCGCCGCCAUUGUCAUCUUCAUGAUCAUCGCUGUCGUCCUCAUCUGCGGUGGUGGUCCCUCUGAUGGUAAAUUCAACACUUACCAGGGUGGCAAGCUCUGGCAGGACCCUGGUGCUUUCCAGAACGGCGCUCGUGGUUUCUGCAGUGUCUUCGUCACUGCUGCCUUCUCUUUUGCUGGCACCGAGCUUGUUGGUCUUGCUGCUGCUGAGUCGCGCAACCCUGCCAAGGCUCUUCCUGGUGCUAUCAAGCAGGUUUUCUGGCGUAUCACCCUCUUCUACAUUCUCGGUCUUACCCUGGUCGGCCUCCUCGUCAGCUCCACUGAUGACCGUCUUCUCAACUCUGCCAACCCAUACAAGGAUGGUACCUCCCCCUUCGUCUUGGCUGCUCUCGACGCUGGUCUCAACGGCUUCGACUCCUUCAUGAACCUUGUCAUCUGCGUUUCAGUCGUAUCUAUCGGUACCUCUUGCGUUUACGGUGGAUCUCGUACUCUCACUGCCCUCGCUGAGCAGGACUACGCUCCCAAGAUCUUCACCUACAUCGAUCGCUCUGGUCGUCCUCUCGUUUCUGUUGUCUUCAACCUUCUCUGGGGCGGUCUUGCCUAUAUUGUCCUCGCCUCUUCAGGUGGUCUUAUCUUUGACUGGCUCCUUGCCGUCUCUGCCCUUGCCGCUCUCUUCACCUGGGGCUCCAUCUGCGCUGCUCACAUCCGUUUCCGCUCUGCUUGGAAGCGUCAAGGCCGUACCCUCGACCAGAUCCCCUUCCGUGCCGCCGGCGGUGUCGUUGGAUCCUGGAUUGGUCUCACCCUGUGCUUCGUUAUUCUCGGCUGCCAGCUCUACGUCGCUGUCUGCCCACCCUUUAAGGAGGGUUACGGUAACGCUGAGGACUUCUUCAUGGCUUGUCUUGCCAUCCCUGUCGUUCUUGUCUUCUGGAUCAUCGGUUACUUCUGGAAGCGACCUCAGUGGCUUACCGUUGACCAGAUCGAUCUCGACACUGGUCUCCGUGAGCACGACUGGGAUGAGAUCAACGCUUACCGAGCCAAGAUGGCUACUUGGCCUGCUUGGCGCAAGACCCUUCACAAGUUCAUGUAA